AUGAACAUAAAAACCAGCAACUUAUCAUCAGAAAUGCUUGCUGCUCGUACAAACGGUUUGGAACAAAAAACGCACAUCAAAAUAGUUGGCUUGAUUAAAGAGACACAUUUUCAUAUUGCCAACUGUAUCAUUGAGGGUCUAACACAGAAGUUUCCACGGGAGUUUAUGGAACCAGAAAUCAUUCCAUUACUUGAAUUUGAUUGGCAUGCCUUCCUGGACAGCCAGAAAAGGGAGUUACGUGGCGACGUGUGGCAGUUCUCCAGUGGCGUCAUGUGCUUUGUAGAUGGUCAGUUCAUCGGUGACGACGUUGCUCUCGUUGCUUGGGCCAAGGACCAGUGGACUUUCACGUGUGACCUGCCACAGGCUUCCUGCGUAGAUGAAUACUACAUGAAACAUCUCCGUGCAACUAAGCACAGGUUUGUCUACAUGGAUAUCGAGAUUGAAGGCGAGCCAGCAGGGAGGCUGUUGUUUGAGCUGUUCUCGGAUGUAUGUCCAAGGACGUCAUGGAACUUUGAGGCUCUUUGCACAGGUGAACGAGGCAAGUCGACUGCCGGCUACCCCCUGUGCUACAAGGGCUCCCUGUUUCAUCGGGUAGUGCCCAAUGGCUGGGUGCAAGGUGGAGAUAUUACUCCAGAAAGAAAGGGAAAUGGAGGCGAGUCCAUCUACGGACCAACCUUUGACGAUGAGAGUUUUGCUCUCUCCCACACAAAGCGAGGCACUCUAGGCAUGGCCAACAAGGGCCCCCACAGCAACGGCUCCCAGUUCUACAUCACUCUGCAACCCACACGAUGGAUGGACUUGACCUAUGUUGCAUUUGGUGAAGUGGUGGAGGGUGUUGACGUCCUCAAGAAGAUCGAAGAGUCCCCGACUACCAAUCAACGACCCAAGAAGGAAUGUACUGUCGUAAACUGUGGAGUUUUUAAGCUAUAG